ACAUCACGGAUCAUCAGCCGGAAGUGGAGCGGUGUGUUUGUUGUUUUCUGCUGUGUUUGUUUUGCAGGAUCUGGAGCAGAAACGGAGUUGAGAUGAAGUGCGUCUGGCUGUUUCUGACGUUCCUUCUUUCAGUUUUUUUGUGUUGUUCGGCUUCGGCUUUCGACGGAGUUUUAGGCAGCACAGCUUCCUGCCAUAAAACCUGCCGAAUGACUUACAGCCUGCACACCUACCCGCGGGAGGUGGAGCUGUUCGCCUGUCAGAGAGGAUGCAGACUUUUCUCCAUUUGCCAGUUUGUCGGUGACAGUGAAAAUCUGAAUCAGACCAAAUCCGAGUGUGACUCUGCGUGUAAUGAAGCGUAUGAUGAAGUAGAUGAAGAGUUCGCCUGCAGUCUGGGCUGUCAGAAUCAACUUCCCUUCGCUGAGCAGCGACAAGAGCAGCUGUUGGCCAUGAUGCCCCGAAUCCACCUACUUUACCCCCUGACGCUGGUGAGGGGAUUCUGGGAGGACAUGAUGAACCAAGCCCAUGAGUUCAUCGCCUCGUCAUGGACCUUUUACCUGCAGGCAGAUGAUGGGAAAGUCAUUGUUUUCCAGACAGGGCCACAGGUUCAGUUCGUGUCUCAGUUUGACCUGCAGGGGGAGGAGCUGAAGGAGGAGCCUCAGAGUUCAGAUCCUGAGAUUAACGAGCCGCUUUACAGAGAAUACAGUAGGAGCUUCGGCCAGGAGAGAUUUGGUGUUGUGGCCCAGGAUCAAAGCAGUUCACAGGAUGACUACAACUUCUUCAGCUGUCUCUCCAGGAGCUCAUGGCUGCCUGGCUGGAUUUUGACCACUACUCUGGUUCUGUCGGUUCUGGUUCUAAUUUGGAUCUGCUGUGCUACGAUGGCCACUGCUGCGGAUCAGUACGUCCCUGCUGAGAAGCUGAGUAUUUAUGGAGACAUGGAGUACAUGAAGGAGCAGAACCUGAAGCCAUACCCACAAUCCUCUCUGCUGAUUGUCAGCUCUUUGGUGAAGGAGGGUGAGGCUGAAGCACUUCCACAUAAGCUGAAAGUGGAUCUGACCAGUGUUUAAACUCGGCGCGAGCUGGCCGAAGUGUAAAUGUUUUGGGUUUAGAGAGAGUGCAUUAGAGGCAGUGUUUGCUUCAUGUCUUAAAUUUACACAUUCUUUAGUUAAUGGGAACUAUUUCUUUGGCACAUUAUGCUUUUAAGUGUGUGUGUGUGUGUGUGUGUGUGUGUACGUUGUGAUUUUAGAGGAUAUUAAAAUGGCCACCGGGUGGUGCACUGCUGUAAGUUUUCCGUUUGUAUUUUUUCUUCAUGAGGUGUAGUUCAGGUACAGAGGCGUAUGAUUUACAGCUUGUAGGUUCAGGUUCUAGGUUUGUUUCUCUUUUCCACCGAAAGUGAUCUGGCCAAAGUGUUUAAAAAGAGCAGUGCAUGUUUAUAGAUAACUGUGUGGGAAAACCAUGUUAGCAAUUUUGUCAGACUCCUUUACAAUAUGAAAUGAGGAAGCGGGACUGUGUCUGUGGGAAAGAGCUAACAAUGAAACUAAAUCGAUGUCUGUUCGAUACUGUGCUCAGUUAUGACCUUUUACUAAGCUCCAUACAGGUUGCCAGAUCGUCUCAAUAUAAUCAUUAAUCAUAAAUAUAAGAGAAGCGAUUUAAAAAGGUGAAAGAUUUUCAAGGUUGGGUUUGACUUUUUAAAAUGAUUACAAUAAACAGUGAUAUAAAACCA